UAACCUGGUUUUUUGCGUCAACAAAAAUAGAGGGCCACUAUAUGGAACAUUUAUUCUUUACUUAACUUGAGUUAUACGCAGCACAAAUAAACACUGAUAACGAAUAUGCGGCCUUAUCGCAAAUAGGUGCUGAUAAUUAUGGACGAAAACGGUGAGAACCGCCGUGCAACUUCGCCACAUAUGUCUGUAAAAAUCGACGUGAAUGAAAACGAAGCUGACGAGGAAGUUGAGCAGCCCAUUACGGACGUAACCGAAGAAAAAAUCGCGUAUCAGCAGCGGGUGAUUGAGGAAACCUCCGAGACCCUCCGGUUUUUGGAGGAGAAAUGCACGAGGCUAGAGCACUUCCAAAAGGAACUCGAAUCCAAACUGGAGGCUGCCUUGAAACAGAAGGAGACUGCCGUGAAGGAGAAGGAAGUCAUGGUGAUUAAAUACGCCGUGGGUGAAAAGAAUGUAAUACGGGAACAGCAACUAAGGGAGCAAGCGGAAAAGAAACAGAAAGAGUUGCAAAAGGAAAACGAGAUUCUACAGCAUAGGGUGCAAACCAUGGUAUCAGAGAAGGCCCGAAUUUGCCAGAUGUUGGACAACAAGUGCUACGAGUUGAAAGGCGCCCAGCAAGAGCUGGACAAGGCGAAAACCGACCUGACUGCUUUGGAGACUCAGAUAAAAUGGUCGCAGAAUAGUCUUAAGUCGGAGAUGGAGGCCCACAAGGAGUGCCAGGCGAAGGUCGACGCGCUAACGAAAAAGGUGCAAAACUCGGCGGAGCAAAUCGACGAGGCCAAAAAAAACGCUGAGGACACCAUCAAGAGUUUCAUGACCUCGCAAGAUAACCGCGCGUAUGCUUUGGACCAACAGGUCAAGGAGAUGCAGGCGUCCUUGAUUCUCUUCAAGCACGAAAAGGCGGAUAAGGAGGAGCAAAUCAAAACGUUGCGACACGAACUCGAACGGGCGCAAACCAAACAAAAAGAAACGAUCUACGAGAACAACGGCCUUUCGCAAAAGGUGCAGCAGUUGGAAAGGGAGCGUCUGGACGUCGAGCAGAAGCUGAGCGAACUGCGAUGCUGCUCCGACCAGCAACGCCAAGACGCAGCCGAUUUACAGACCAAGAGCGUCCAGCUGGAGCAACUGAGACUCCAGCUGAAGCACGAACAAGACCAGCGGUCGGCCUCCAACGAUCAAAUCGGUCUACUCAAACUGCGAAAUCAGGAACUGGAGCAGGACAUGGAGGCGUGUCGAGUGAGGGAGGCGGAGUUGCUCUUGUUCACCCAGCAGCUCACCGACAAGAACGUCAGGUUACAGUCGGAAUUCUCGGCGCUGGAAACGAAGGUGCGAGAGUUAACUGGGGAGCAGACGGCGCUCAAGAGACGUUUUAAGGAACAAGAGACGAAGACGCAGCUACUGGCCGCUUCCGGUGCCGAAGAAAAGGCGAGAUAUGUUGAGGAGAUCGAGAUGAUGAGGGCCAAGAUCGAGGAGCAAUCGCAGCAGCUCCAGCGCGCCGUGCAGGAGGCGGAAGAUCAGAAAGGGGAGAAGGUAGUCGUGAAGAGGAAACUGGAACACUCGCUGAGGGAGGUGACCAGGGAGCUGCAGCACUAUCGAAAGAAGGCGGAGCGGGGCGACGCGGACCGUCCUGCCAGUGCGUCCCCUUCGCCGAGCACCGACGGCCGGUCCUCCGACAGCGAUCACACGCCCGACCGUCAGGCCUUGAUCGAGCACAUCGUCAAGCUGCAGCGGAUCAGCGCCAAAAAGUCGGAAAAGAUCGACUUCCUCGAGGAGCACGUCGCGAGCCUCGUAGCCGAGGUCCAGGCCAAAGCCAAGCUGCUGCAAGCCUACGCGCUGCGCGAACCGUCCGGAACGAUGACGUCAAACGCGACCGACAAAAACAAGGCGACGUUAGCGCAGCUCGGCGGGAUCAUGGCGUCCGUGUACGGCUCCCGGGUGGCCGACGACACGCUCACCCUAGAACUGUCGCUGGACAUCAACCGGAAGCUUCAGGCGGUGCUGGAAGAUGCGCUCUUGAAAAACAUCACGCUCCGGGAGAGCGUGGAUACCCUGGGAAAGGAGAUCGACCGGCUCAACGGCCAUAAGUCACCCACGUGACGCCUCGCCUUCCCCCCUUUUCCCAAUCCUUGCGAUCUCAUUAGAUUUAAUAACCCAUUGUGAGAAAUAAACCCGACUUUAUUAUUAUCAAACGAUAUCGUCGCUCAUUUCCGCCGUGUCCCUCGCCACCUCCUCAUAA